AUGAACUGUUGCUUGGGCAGCACAGAGGAUGGACAGCGCAUCCUCUUCCCUCACACCUCCAGACGGCUGCAGCAGGGCUGCCCCCGGGCCACCAAUUCACCAGGCGUCCCCGCCCAAGGGGAACGAGCGGUCCCUCCCCGCCCGGGGUGGGGCCUGGCGGUGGCGGUGCUCUUUCGGCCGCUGCUGGAGGCGGCGGCGGCGGCCCCGGGCUCGUCCCACAUAUAUCCCCGCCACUCCACUCGUCCCGGCUUGUCCUCGCUGUGUCCUGCGGCCGCUGGGCCAUGGCCAGGUCCCUCAGCGCUGCCAGCUAGUCCCGGGGACCGAGCUGCCCUUCCCUCCCGCGGCUUCGUAUUCCAGCCUCUGCCCUCCCAUCUGCCGCUCUCCGCGAGUACUUCCCCACCCCUGUGUGCGCUACUCGACUUUCCCGUCCCUCGCUGCGCCGCGACCGCGCUUUUCCCCUUCCUUCCUCCGCGCCCCUCCCCGCCGCCUCUCCCCCGCCAGCCGAGGAUGCGGCUGUCGCUGCUCAGCCCGCUGCUCCUGCUCUGCCUCAGCCGCGGCUCCGCUGAGAUCCCGGCAGCCCGAGCCAAGUGCCCGACCCGCUGCGAUGUCUCCAAGUGCCCCAGCCCCAGCUGCCCCAGCGGCUACGUCCCCGACCGCUGCAACUGCUGCCUCAUCUGCGCCGCGGGAGAGGGGGACUCGUGCGGCCGCAAGGAAGACCCUCCCUGCGGGGACAGCCUCGACUGCCGCUACCCCAUGGGCAAGCGCUUCGCUAAGGGGGUCUGCCAGUGCAAGCUCAGCGCCCAGGUGUGCGGCAGCGACGGCCGUACCUACGACAACAUCUGCCAGCUGAAGGCGGUGAGCCGCAAGGCGUUGCAGCACGGUCUGCCCGCCGUCGCCCAGGUGCAGAAAGGAGCCUGCGAAUCGGGUAGGAGCAUGGCAGGGCCUGCGGCGGGUGGUGUGAGCAGGAGGGUGGGUAAAGGUGAGGUUUGGGGUGCUUGGGAAGGCUGGGGGCUCCCCCAGGGCAAGGCAAGCCGUCCUGUUGCUGGUAAUCGCUGUGGCGGGAGUCAGGGACACGUGAAGGGAUCGGGUCCUCUCUGAACAGCACAGAUCCCUCUUCUUGAUCCUCUGGUAGAGGUUGGGAAGGUUGCACGGUGGUGGCAUGCUUGUGGAUACUUCAGUGUUGUGCUCAUUGCAUAGCAGUGACCACAAGCACAGUUGUCAGGUCAGUACAGCACUGACACCCUUCACAAUCACCAUCCAGGCAGCACUACAAGCUUACCCCGAUACCAUCUGUGUCGCCCUUGUUUUAGAAUCAUUAAGGUUGGAAAGACCUCUAAGAUCAUCUAGUCCAAACAUUGGCCUAUGCCUGUGACCUCUCUAGACCAUGUCCCCCAGUGUCACAUCUGCUUUUUUAUUGAAAACUUCUACGGAUGGUGACUUCACCACCUCCCUGGGUAGCUCGUUCCAAUACUUCACUCUUCCUGAGAACUUUUUCCUAACAUCCAACCUGAACCUCCUGUGGUGCAACUUAAAGCCAUUAGCUCUUGUCUUAUUGCUGUUACCUGGGAAAAGAGGGUGACCCACACCUCACUAGAAGCUCCUUUCAGGGAAUAGUAGAGAGCAGUAAGGUCUCUCCUGAGCAUCCUUUCUCCAGACUGAACCAUCCCAGGGUUGGCACUCACUAUUGAUGCUUUUCAGUAACGUUACACGCCUGGGCUGCCCUGCAGAGCCGUUACGACACAUCCAAUACAGAGCGCAGCCCUGCAGGUGUGCUCUGAGACCUUCCCUGGAGAUGUUAGCAGAUGUUAAAUUUAUUAACCAGAUGAACAUCUCUAGCAAGAGACUGGUUAAAGUUGUGUAGCUUAAACUGCGCAGAAAAAGCACCAGAUAGAACAUGUGAAGUAUAGUCUUUUGUCUGUUUUAUCUUCCUCUGACAGGAAAUCUUAAAGCCAUGGUCUUUAAAUUGGAAUUGAAAGGGGAACGGAUGCCUACAAAUUUUCCUUAUGGUUUAAAAUGCACAGUCAGGAUAUUAGACAGUCCUUUGCUUUUCAUUAGCAUGCUACAGUCUUUGCUUGUCCUAGGCUAUUGUAAUUAAUUGUGGUAACUGCAGGCUGGAUGGUAUAACUUUAAAAAGCUUAGUAAUCACCUACAUUGAAUUUUUUUUUGUCGUUGUUACUAAAAUUGGUCACUUCAUGGAAGUGUUAACAUUUUUAGUUUAUUUUCACACACUUCCUUGUAUAUUAUUUUAAGAUGGUAUUUCUACAUCCUUUCAAAUACUGUUCUUGGAAAGAAAAAUCAUAUGUGUAGCAGAGUUCUAAAUCAUGUAUUAGUGUAUCCAAAAUGGCAGGUGAACCACUUAACCAUUCUACUUAUUUAUAGAUAGCAAACUUCUUAAAAACUAGGAGAGGUGAAAGGGCUAUUAAUGGCCUUUAAAACCUUUCUGUGACUGGGAGACUUCUCGUAUAUUCACUCUUCGAAGAAAGCAAACUGUGACAUGAGGAGGGAGGAGGUCAAACGAUAUUCCCAAAUUUACUUUCUGAGUAUCUUUUCAGAGUCCAGAAUUGCUCAGGUGCUAGCCCAGAGCUGCAAUGAUGAGUCUCUCCAGUAUUUUGCAGUUAUAAAUUGCUGUUUGUUUCUUUGUAUUCCCCAUAAGCAUCCAUUAGUUUUAGUACUCCUAGUAAUUGGUUGGAAUUGAUCCGCUUGACAUAUUUAAAGUGUUUAACCAAAAUGAGUGAGCUAGCCUGCAUCUAGGGGCUUAGAUACUGUCAGGGGGUUGGAA